CGGACAACUUUAAUGCAGUUUCCUCCUCUGUCUUCCGCGUUAUCCUUUCCAUAUUUAAAUCAUUCCUAAAUCCAUGAAUUAUCAAUCCCUCCCUCCCUCCCUCACUCUACUUCUCCCUCCUCCCCAACCUCUCCUCAAUCAUUGCCUUUUCUCCUUUCACCUCAGAUCUCUUCCUCAUACCCCUCAUUUCUCUCCGCUCGAUCGCCGCCGCUAGUUAUACUUGUGCAACUGGGCAGCUAACUAUCCACUGCGGUGAAAUUCUGCUGCAGAGGUAGAGUCUUCUUUUCCUUGGUCCCAAUUGUGUGUGUAUUUUUACGUUCAUACUGCGUGGAGUUAGGGCUCAAAUGGCGUGCACGAGUGGCGGCAUGUCGGAUGUGGCUCCGGUGCCGGAGCAGUUUCCGGUGGGGCUGAGGGUUUUAGUGGUGGACGAUGACGUCAUCUGCCUGCGUGUUCUGGAGCAAAUGCUUCGAAAGUGCAUGUAUAAGGUUACGAGUUGUUCUCAAGCUACAGUUGCUUUGAACUUAUUACGGGAAAGGAAAGGCUGUUUCGACAUAGUACUGAGCGAUGUUCACAUGCCUGAUAUGGAUGGCUUCAAACUUCUUGAGCUAGUUGGAUUGGAAAUGGACCUUCCUGUUAUAAUGAUGUCAGCUGACGGGAGAACUAAUCUUGUCAUGAGAGGAAUAAGACAUGGAGCCUGUGAUUACCUAAUUAAGCCUAUAAGAGAUGAGGAAUUGAAAAAUAUUUGGCAGCAUGUUGUUAGGAAAAAGUGGAAUGAAAUUAAAGAACAUGAUUACUCAGGUAGUAUGGAAGACCAUGAUCGUCAAAAACGAGCAAUCAAUGAUGCUGAAUAUGCUUCGUCUGUGAACGAAGGGGCAGAUGAGGUACUCAAAACGCAAAAGAAAAGAAGAGAAUCUAAAGAUGAAGAUGAGACAGAACUGGAAAAUGAUGACCCUGCCACAACAAAGAAGCCUCGUGUGGUCUGGUCAGUAGAGCUCCACCAGCAAUUUGUUAGCGCUGUAAAUCAACUUGGGAUUGAUAAGGCUGUACCUAAGCGGAUUCUUGAAUUGAUGAAUGUUCCGGGAUUAACAAGGGAGAAUGUGGCUAGUCACUUGCAGAAGUUUAGACUGUACCUAAAGAGGUUGAGUGGGGUAGCUCAACAACAGGGUGGCCUUCCUUCUACUUAUUGUGGACCAGUGGAGCAGAAUAUCAAAUUAGCUUCCCUGGGAAGAUUUGACAUUCAAGCAUUGGCAGCUUCUGGCCAACUUCCCCCACAAACUUUGGCAGCUCUACAUGCUGAGCUUUUAUCUCGACCUCCAGGAAACUUAGUUUUGCCAGCACUUGAUCAGAGAACUCUAUUGCAUUCAUCUAUUCAGGGAUCUAAAUGUGUUCCUGUGGAUCAGAAUGUUGCUUAUGGUCAACCUCUGAUUAAAUGCUCAUCCAACAUUGCUAAACAAACUUCUCAGCCUGUCAUGUCCAAUGAGGAUGGUCUCUCAGAAUUUGAAGCCUGGUCAUCAAAGAACCUUGGUGAUAUGGUACCGGCCUGCAAUUUUGGCACUGUAGUUGAAACAAACAGUAAUAUGUUGAUAAGUUUCAUACAGCAACAACAGCAGAAACAAUCUGUAAUACCAGAACCAAGUCGUUCAAUUAAUGUGCAGCCUUCUUGCUUGGUGGUUCCAUCUCAGUCUUCACCCAAUUUUCAAACAGGAAAUAGUCCUGUUUCUGUCAAUCAGAACUGUGGCUUUAGAAAUCUUGCAAUGGAUUACAACAAUCCCUUACUUCAAUCAAAUAAUUCAUCAGGUUCUGGGCAAAACAUGGAAGUAGAAUGUAAACCAGUGCCCAUGCAUUCUGAGUUUGGCACUGCAGGUUCUGUUUCAUCUGCAUCAUCAUGCUCAAAAAAUAUACAAGACAGUGCUUGCCAACGAGUUCCAAGCUCGCCCUCUACAAUCAGUGUUGUCAUGCAGGUUCCUAGCAUGAACCGUGUGCAAAGUUCUCACAGUGGGAAACCAGACCUGGUGCAAGUAUCAACUAGAAAUCCUGUAUAUGUUGGUAAAGGACCAUCCAUACCUAGCCGUUUUGCUGUGGAUGAACACGAGUUGCCAUUGAGCAACAUAGGUCAAGUGAAACUAUAUGCUGAGAAUAAUGGUAACAAAGUGAAGCAGGAGCCAAAUGAUUUAACAGAAAAUGUAAGAGUGGGCAUCCCAGUGCGGCAGACCUUCCCCCAAAUGAUCUAAUGAAUGUUUGCUCUGACUAGGUGCUCAUGUCUUUCCAGUUGCAAAUUGCAAGGAAUGGAUAGACAAACUUCAUCAGAAGCCAGUGAAUCGGUAAACUGAAAGCGGAAUGCCAAUAUCAUGACUAUUCCUCAAAACCUGGUAUCCUGAACUUCCAGGCAGAUAUAAUACUAGCUCUUCAAGUAAGACUUUAGGCAAUAAGUUAUAUAUAUGGAAGAUUUCGAUAGCUUGUAAUACUAUUCACCUCGACAGCAGCCUGCCGUCGAAAUUGUGUAGUUGUUGGGCAGUUGGUCACAAAAUUCUGAUUUAUUCGUCACUUAGUUGCUAGCACAUGUAUAUAGUUACUGAAGGCUGUUGAUGUGUCGAGCACACACGCUGGUGGUAUCCUAGAGUGGGAGUCGUAAUAGCCUAUGCAUUUUGAUAGGCGGUGCAAGAGUUGCGGCCCUUUUCUAUAGCACAUUGAAUUCAAGUUGUGAUGUGAGAUUUGCUGUAUAUCAGAACAAGAAGUCUUGGUGAUUUCUGACAGAAGAUAGCUUUGCUUGUUCGGUUGAUUGGGCGCUGUGAUGAAGGAAUGGUGUCUUUGAUUGUGGAAAUUGACUUGAGGUGUUGUGUAGGCAAUUCUUGUGCAAUCAAAAAUGCAUUCAUGUCACACUUACAAGUGCUACUUUCUUCCAAACUUUGUUGGUUGAAAAAAAUUGUUCAAUUGGGGACGAAUUUAGGAUGGUA